ACAAAUAAAAUUCAAAUUUGAAUUUUUCCGCAAGAAAUUGUUAAAAUUCGCGAUGAAAACGUAAAAAUGCGUCGGACAUAAUCGCUCAAAGGGUCCACGGCCUAUUAACUGCACUUUACAUCACACCCGAAAAAUUACCAAAAAAAAAAUCAAAGAAUGUCUGAAUCAAACACUGAUAAGAUGGCAGAUAAUGGAGAUACGGGCUCGCCAAAGUCCUCGGCUCGUCAAAGUCGCGGUCGAACGUGCCAAGUUUGCGGCGACAAGGCUUUAGGGUACAACUUCAACGCCGUGACUUGCGAGAGUUGCAAAGCGUUUUUCCGUCGAAAUGCCUUGACGAAGAAGGAGUUCACCUGCCCGUUCAACCAAAAUUGCGAGAUUACGGUGGUUACGCGGCGCUUUUGCCAGAAAUGUCGCUUGACGCGAUGUUUUGACAUCGGCAUGAAGAAGGAGUACAUCAUGAGUGAGACGGAAAAAGUCGAGAAACGGAAGAAAAUCGAGCUAAACCGGGCAAAACGGAAAAGUGGCAUCCCAAAUGGCGACGAUGUGGCAUCCACGUCAACCGGCAACGCCAUAGACAAAAAAAUCAAACGUGAAUUCGAGUAUUUGCAGACCGAUGACGAGUCUUGGUCGAACGUUGAUGAUGCCUCGGAGACCCCAAAACGCGGAGAUUUCAUCCUAAACUCACCGGAUUACAGCAAUCCGUCGACGCCGUCGAUUUAUGUGCCCCAAUUUACAACGCUAGGCACCGAAAUGCAAGUUCCCGAUACGAAUUUGUUGUCGCUGACGCCCUCAGAGAUGGUCGAAAAAAUCAUCAGUGUCCCCGAGCAGUCGAGCCAGAUGAUAAAUCAACUCAUGCCGACGCAACAUGACGCGAUGCGAGUCAUGUCGACGAUAAUUCAGUCGAAAACGGAUGCCUUACGGUUAAUUAACCAUUUCAUCACGACCCCUGGCGACGCACUAACGAUUAUCAGUAAACUCAUGAACUCGGCACUAGAUGCCCUCAGUGUGUUCAUUCAGUUCAUGAGUUCGCCGACAGAUGCCCUGCAGAUCAUCAACAAAAUCAUGUCGUCGCCGGACGAGGUGCUGCAAUUCAUUCAGCAGUUGAUGAACUCGCCGCAAGAUGCCUUGGAGGUCAUGACCAAGUUCAUGAAUGAUCCGGCAGAGGCGCUCAAAAUGAUCAAUCGCAUGAUAAAUCACGACGAUGUGCCGCCAAAUGACACGGAAAAUACCGAAGAGGAACGUUUGCGGAAAAAAGUCGAAGGAAAUUUGAUUAAAUCCAUCAUUAGUACAAACACGAUUGAAUCGGCGCCCGCACUCGAACCUUGUAACGCGCCAUCUACAUUCAAUCCGUUCAACUCGUAUUCGCAUCUUUGUUAUGGCGCAACUGCCCAAUGUGCGCCCGAAGUUCCCGUUGGACCUUCGCAAGUGAAUUUUAACGAAACAAUUCAAUCUCCGACAACUACAACGACAAAUCCGGAGGAAAAUCACGCGGAAAAAACGAAAUUUUCCGUGCUCGAUGAGAUCGCUAACAAAUCCGAGAGUAAAGCGAAUUCCAUUGAAUCGAUUUUGUGUGAGGCAAUUAAGCUGGAAUACGAUUGCUUUACGUUAAUGUCGCAAAAUAACACGCCAAAUCGCGAUUUGAACGACUCGGAACGCGCUAAAUUGAACGAAUUAAUUGUCGCGAAUAAAGCUUUGUAUGCGCCCGUCGAUGAGGAUUGGGCUAAUUUGAUAAAUGAUAAUGCAAGGUUGAAGUCCGGGAAUCCACAAAAUCCGCAAUUGUUGACGGUGAUUAAUUUGACAGCUAUUGCAAUAAGACGUUUGAUCAAAAUGUCGAAGAAAAUAAGUGCUUUUAAGAAUAUGUGUCAAGAGGAUCAAGUUGCUUUACUCAAAGGUGGUUGUGUCGAAAUGAUGAUUCUUCGUUCCGUGAUGCAGUACGAUGGCGAUCGAGGGACAUGGAAAAUUCCUCACAGUCAAGAAGAAAUGUCGAACAUCAAAGCGGACGUCCUAAAACUUGCCAAAGGAAACGUUUAUCAAGAGCACGAAAAAUUCAUUCAAACGUUCGAAAAAAAGUGGCGCCAAGACGAAAAUAUCAUCCUCAUUAUGUGUGCCAUAACGCUUUUUACGCCAGAUCGGGCCCGCACGAUACACAGCGACGUGAUAAAGCUCGAGCAAAAUUCCUACUAUUACCUGCUGCGACGCUAUCUGGAGAGCGUUUAUCAAGGCUGUGAAGCAAAGUCGACAUUUUUAAAGUUGAUGCAAAAAAUCAACGAAUUACACAAAUUGAACGAGGAAAUUGUGAAUGUGUAUCUCGACGUGAAUCCGACGCAAGUGGAACCGUUACUGAGGGAGAUUUUUGAUUUGAAAGUUAACUUGAAUUAGAGAAAAAGGGUGAAAAAUGCUAGAAAGUCAGAAUUUUUUUAAGUUUUUUGAUUAAAAAAGAGCUUUUUGAACAUUUUAAGAAUUUUUUUAAAAUUUUUUCGACUCAAAAUUAAAAGCUUAGGGACCAUUUUUUAAUAAAAUUUAUAAGC